AUGUCGUCGGCUGAGCGACUCGAGAAGCUCGCCAGAGAGGCCGAGGAUGAUGGGUCCUCGAUCCAGUCGGCAGCGCGCGGAGAUGACCUACCGAAGGGUUACUUCUACUCUGUAGGGUUUCUGGGGGCCAUGACAGGUUUCUGCCUAUCGGCCAUCUCGGCCUUCAUCUUCCUGUUGCUGCCGACAAAUGUAUUGACUUACAUCAACGCAGAUAUAGGCCCUAGCCCCUAUAUCGCCUGGGUCAACAUCGCGCGGACUCUCGCCCUGUCCUUCACUUACACGAUCCUCGGCCGGCUGUCCGAUCUCUUCGGAAGGCGAUGGUUCUUCAUCGGGGGCAACAUCGUCGCCCUUGUCGGCACCGUUGUCUGCGCGGCUGCUCAGAACGUCAACAGCCUGAUCAUAGGCAGCGCGAUCUACGGGCUAGGUGAGACCGCCCAGUUGAGCUUCAACAUAGCCAUCGGUGAGCUGGUGCCGAACAAGCACCGGCCGAUGGUUCUGUCGCUAGUUUUCAUGACCAACGCGCCCAUCGCCGGUAUUGGGCCCAUCAUCGCUCGCGCAAUGCUGCAGAGCCCAAACAUGGGAUGGAGAUGGUGCUACUAUCUCAACAUCAUCGUGGUUUUAAUUGCAAUAGUGCUACUAUUCCUCUUCUACCACCCACCCACAUUCGACCUUCUACACGAGCGAAAAACCAAGCGUGAACUGCUUCGCAAACUCGACUAUGCUGGAAUUUUCAUGUGGACGGCCAGUCUCACCCUGCUGCUGAUGGGAGUGAGCUGGGGCGGGACCAUUUACCCGUGGAAUUCCGCGGCGACCAUAUCCUCGAUCGUCAUCGGGGGCGCGCUCCUUGUCGCGCUCUUCACCUACGAGGCGUUCGCGAAGCUCGAGUACCCGGCCAUUCCGGUGCAGUUCUUCGCCAACCGCGGCUUCAUUAGCCUCGUUGCUUGUGCCACGGUUGCGACGAUGUCAUACUACUCCGCCGUCCUCCUGUGGCCCCAACAAGUUCAAGCCCUAUACACCACAAACAUUGCAUACGCGGGCUGGGUCUCGUGCACGGUAGCCAGCGCGACGGCGCUCGGGCAGGCGUUCGGCGGGUUCUUCGUGAGGUGGGGGGGCAACGUGCGGUACUGGAUCAUCUUCUCGACGUUCGCGAUGGUCGCGUUCGUGGGGGCGUGCGCGUCGCUGACGCCGCAGACGCUGGGGGCCGGGAUUGCGUUCACGAUGGCGGGGCCGUUCUUCGUCGGCGUGAUCGAGGUGUGCGCGCUCGCGCUCGCGCCGCUCUUCUGCCGCCCCGCCGACAUCGGGCUCGCGUCGGGGCUGCUGGCCUCGAUCCGGUCCGCCGGCGGCUCCGUCGCCGUCGCCGUCUAUAGUAGCGUGCUGGCGAACCGGCUCGCGACGACGGUGCCCGCGGUCGUCGGCCCCGCCGCCGUCGCCGCCGGCCUGCCCCCCGACCGCGUCCCCGCCCUCGCCGCCGCCCUCGUCGGCAACCGCCUCGCCGCCUUCCCCGACCUGACCCCCGCCGUCCAGGCCGCCGUCGCCGCCGCCGCGCCCGCCGCCUACGCCCUGGCCUUCCGCACCGUCUACCUCGCCAGCCUCGGCUUCGGCGGCAUCGCCAUCGUCGGUUGCCUCUUCUCUCAGGACGCCCAGAGCGUCCUCACGGACACCGUGCACCGCAGGAUGAACGGCAAGGCGUCCGGGAGCGAGAGCCGGGACAGCGUGUCUGCGUGA